AUGCUUCAUCAUUUGAAAGCAUGUCGGCACAUAUAUAGGUCUAUUAGAUGGGUUUCUACAGAUAAAAAGGCACAUUCAUUUCAGCACACUUUAAAUCUUCCUAAAACAACGUUUCCCACGAGAUCAUCCUUAGAUAAAUGCUUAAAAGAGUUAAUACCACAAUGUUCUGAUACAACGUAUAAGAAACAAUUAAAUCAAUUUAUUUCUGAAAUAGAAAAGUUAAGGGAUCCAAAAGAAAAAUUCGAAUUUUGUAAAGAUAAAUUAUUUGUCUUACAUGAUGGGCCUCCGUAUGCUAAUGGUGAUCUUCAUUUGGGUCACGCCUUAAAUAAAAUUUUAAAAGAUAUAAUAAACAGGUAUUAUCUAUUGGAAAAGUCUCAAUAUAUUUUUUAUAAACCAGGUUGGGAUUGUCAUGGUUUACCAAUUGAAUUAAAAGCAUUGGACAAACUACCUGAAAAAAUGUCCAAUUCUUUGAAAGAUCCAAUAAAAAUUAGAUCUAUAGCUGCGAAGCACGCAGAUGAUACCCGGAAAACACAAAUGGAACAAUUUAAAGAAUUUGCUAUCAUGACUGACUGGAAUGAUCCUUAUAUUACAAUGAGUAAGGAUUAUGAAAUUGAUCAAUUGUUGAUAUUUAAAACAUUUUUCAAUAAGGGAUUCAUAAAAAGACGUAAUAAACCUGUUUAUUGGGGGACUGUUACAAGAACUGCAUUGGCUGAAAGUGAAUUAGAAUACAAUGAAAAUCAUGUUUCAAAGGCAAUUUAUGUGAAAUUUCCUUUAACUAAACUUUCUACACAAACAAUUCUUAAGUCUAUAUUCGAUACACCUUCUCAAAUGUUAGAUAAAAUCAAAACAAUUAAAUGUAUGAUUUGGACUACUACACCCUGGACCUUAUUUUCUAAUAGAGCUAUAUGUUUUAAUGAAUCAUUUAAAUAUUGUUUAGUACAUGACAAUUCUGCAAAUGAUUACCUCAUUAUUGCGAAGGAUACUUUAAAUACUAUUCCUAUAGAUGAUUCAGAAUGGUCUAUUUUGGAAACAUUUGACGGGAAGCAUUUAAAUAAUUUAUAUUAUUGUAAUCCACUAUUGGAGAAUGACAAGGAAUAUCCACUAUUGCCUGGAUUACACGUCACUAAUACUACAGGUACAGGGUUAGUCCACACUGCACCAGGGCAUGGUGCAGAUGAUUAUUUAGUAGGGUUUAAGAACAAUUUAGAGAUAUUUUCUGCUGUGGAUUCAUAUGGUAAUUAUGAUUUAAAUCAGUUCCACAAUCCACAAUUAAAGCAAUUUUUAGCAGAUCCAUUGGAUACUUCAAAAGGUAGAAAUGUAUUAGAUGAAGAGACAGUUAAUGUAAUAAUAAACAGAUUAUUUGAAUUGAAGAUGUUAUUUUCGCAAUCUGAUUAUAAACACUCUUAUCCUUAUGACUGGAGAUCUAAACGUCCUGUAAUCAUUCGAUCUACCCCACAAUGGUUCAUUAAUUUGACUGAUCUUAAAGAUACUGCAUAUGAUGUUGUACAUAAAACCAAUUUCAUUCCUCAAAGAGGUAGACAUAGAUUAGAAGCAUUUAUUAAAAAUAGAAACGAGUGGUGUAUCUCAAGGCAAAGAGUCUGGGGUGUUCCAAUUCCUUAUUUUCAACAUAAAGAUGAUCCAAGUAUUGUUCUAAUGAAUGACAAAAUCAUAUCUCAUAUCAUUCAAAAGUUUAAAAUUGAAGGUAACACUAACUCUUGGUUUGUUUCAGAGGAAGGAGAAGAUAUAAAAAAAUGGUUACCGGAAGAUUAUCAACACCUAGCAUCUCAAUAUGUAAAAGGUAAAGACACUAUGGAUGUUUGGUUUGACUCGGGAACAUCCUGGUGUGUGAUUAGAAAUUUUUAUAAAAAUACUCUAAGAUUGGAUAAUAUACCUUUGCCCAUGUCAAAUAUUUAUUUAGAAGGUACUGAUCAACAUCGUGGUUGGUUUCAAAGUUCUUUAUUAACCUAUAUCGCAGCAAAUUUAGGAGAUAUGAAACCUGUAGCCCCUUUUAGGACUAUAGUUACACAUGGAUUUUUUUAG